GAGGCUCCGCGCGUCGUCAGCCGCCCCCACCCGCCCGCCGGGGCCCCCCUGGAGGAGGCGGAGGCGGCGGGGGUCCCGGCGGGGGAGCAGCGGGAGGCGCUGCCGGCCCUCGCCCAGAUCCAGGCCAAGUACGCCUACUUCCGGCCCUGCGUGCAGGUGGAGCUGGAGCACGAGGACCCCAAGAGCGCCCGCGAGGUCUUCAUCCGCAGUUGGAAGAUCGAGGAGAAGAUGCUGGGGGUCCUGGGGAAGUGCCUGCCGGCCCUCGCCCACCUCCAGGCCCUCCACCUCUGGAAGGUCGGCCUGACUGACGCCACUUUCCUGGCCCUCCUGCCCGUAUUGGCCACCUGCGUCAACCUCAAGACCUUCGUCUUGGAAGGGAACCCCCUGCCCGAGCGCUCCUUUUUCAAGCUGGUUUCGGAGGAGAGCAGCUUGGCCCACCUGUCCCUGCGGAACAACUGCAUGGACGACCAGGCGGUGCUGCUGAUCGGCCAGGCGCUCUCCUCGCUCCGCAGCUCCAACAAGAACCUGGUCUCCAUCAACCUGAGCUACAACCACAUCACGGACGUCGGGGCCACCCACCUCGCCAAUGGCCUGCGCCUCAACCGGUCCCUGCUGUCCUUGUCGUUGGCACAUAACCAGAUCGGGGACGAGGGAGCCCUGAAGCUGGCCGAGGUGCUUGGCCCCUUUGCCCUCACCCACACGGAGGUGGUGGAGCGCCGGCGGCUGCUGCUGGAGAAGGAGGCCCAGGAGAGAGGGCGCCUGCCCCCGAGACACUCGGAUCCGAAAAGCGACCGUCCCACCAGCCACGUCAGCAGCACCGCCAUUGACAAGCUGCAGGGCGCCAAGGGGGCCAAGUCCAUGGUCAAGAAGAAGGAACUCACCAAAAAGGAGGAGAAGGGCCCAGUGGGCGGAGCGGCUCCCGCACAGCCACCGGCGGCACCAGCAGCCCAGGCCAAGAAGGAGGAUGCCAAGCAGUCCAAGAAAGCCGUUCCCCCGGUGGACCCCAAGGCGAAGGGGGCCAAGGGGGUGAAGCUGGGCUCCAAGGACAAGCGCUCCCAGGUCCUGGAAGUGGAGCAGAUCCUGGAGCCCACCGAGAUGUUGAACCCGCUGCUGGAACAAGCCGAGCACCGCGACGGGCAGGUCUUCCUCCAUGGCAACCGCGUUCUCAUCUACCUGAACCUCAUGCGCAACAACAUCUCGGAGAACGGCCUGAAGGGCUUCCUGGCCACGGUGGAGUACCAGGUCAGCCGCAUCCUCCCUGGGGCAAAGGGGCCCACCGGCCUCCUGCGUCUCUCCCUGGCGAAAAACACCUUCCCGGCUGAGAGCAAGACCUACAGCAGGAUCCAGGAGCUCAUGGGCCCCCGAGACCCCCUGCCCAGGGCCAGGACAGAGGAGGAGCAGCUGGCCGCUGCCCUGUGAGCCUCUCCCCGAGGAUGCUGCACCCAGAAGCUCCCAGCCAAGCCCCCUGGGCAGAGCCCCCAGGAUGGCACCGGAGGGCAGAGAAGCCCCUUCCUCACUCGGAGGCUGGAAGGACGGAGGCCUCCCUUCCUCCCAUUAAAAGUUUUCCUUCUGCCUAAAAAGUUC